AUGAAUUAUUUAAAGACGCAACAAAAUAAUAAACCAUUUUUACCAAAACAGAAAUCUGCUAAUACAAAUCAGACAUUUUUUGAUAAUAACCCAAAUCCUACAAGAAAUGUUUUUCAACCAAACUCUAACUCUUAUCCGAGACAACCAAACUUCAACUCUUAUCAGAGACAACCAAACUUCAACUCUAAUCCGAGACAAAACUUUUCUCAAACCAAUUCUAACUUAACGUCAAGAAACAAUGCCCAUCAGAACACACAUUUUGCUACUAGACCAAACGCCAAUGCAACUCCUAAUUAUAAUUUUAAUUAUUUUAGAAAUAAUCCACAAAAUAUUAACAAUUUCAAUAGACAAAUCCGAAAUCCCCAACCUGAAAGAUAUCAUGUUACCCCAAUGACCGAUGUACAAACUCUCGCCACAAGAAAUGAACGCAUGGAUUUGGAUGCGUCCACUAUUAGACGUACGCAUCAUUUUAAUAUUAACGCAAACUCAGAUGAAAAUUUCGAAUACACCCCUGAAUAUUUCGAAGUUUAUGACAAUGACUAUCCCCAAGAAUUAAUUGAAGAAACUUCUCAGGAUUUUCUCGAGGAUCCAACAGACGAAGAUCCUCCACCAAUAUCGAUCUAA